AUGAUUUCUACCAGUGGCUCAACAAUAGCAUCAUACAAGUACGCCCACGCACACGCCCACUCACACGCCCACUCACACGCCCAUGCCCACGCACACGCCCACGCCCACUCACACGCCCACUCACACGCCCACGCACACGCACACGCACACGCCCACUCAUACGCCCACACGCCCGUGCGCCCAUCCUGCACCCUCCUGCGCUGCAAAAAGCACUGCAGGCUACAGCUGCUACCCCACCCGUAUGGCCGAAGCCACACUUGCACAACUCCUCAACCUCCACUGCACCAACGCAUUCCCUACCCCCCCUCUCCUACUUGCUUCCCCCACCCCACCCAACCCCCCCACACUCACCCCCUUAAUCCCCCCUCCUCUGCUUUCAACGCACCUAGCAACAACCCUCUUCUAGCCUCAACCCAACCCUCACCACCCGCACCCAUCCUCACCGCCUGCAACCCCUUCCUCUCCCCGUCUCUGCCCUGCCACGCACUUCAGACCCUCUGGGCGGACUUCACGUGUGGCGACGGCACGUGCAACCGCCCCUUCCAGUACCCCGCGUUCGGCCGCUUUGGCUGCGAAGCCGACUGCGGCUCGUUCCCCAACCUCACCUCCAUCAUCAUCAGAUUCUCGUCCCAGCUGCACUCGCAGCAAGCUGCAGAGCAGUCCUCUUGGAACCUCUGCAUGGCCCCUCAGCGCUUCCCACAGGGCGAGGCGGAUUUCUCAGUCCCCAUGGACGUACCAGACGGCGACUGGGUGGUGGUGCUGAAUGCACCAUUCGGGGGCAUCAGAGGCACGCUGCACGCCGCACCUCCCGGCACACGGCGCAUGGCCACUCUCGGGUUGUCUAGCACAGUGGAGCUGGCUGCAUGGGGCUACUGUGCACAUGCCCAUGAUGACGCUGAGGAGGACGGUGGUCAGAUACGGGUGAUUGGCACUGCGGCUGCUGCUGCUGCUGCUGGGACUGACAUCUGUCGUGAUACAUGUGUGAGGCUCGCCACAUGUCUGCCAGAAGCGUGCGACCGCACAUUCACAGAGCGGGAGGUGGCAGGGGCGUUCGUGGACUGUGCGCGCAUGUGCAUCAUUGCACCCGCUGCCAUCGCUCCCUAUGAAGCCGCCUCCUGCCCCGUUGCAGACAUGCCCACCAUAUUCCCCAACACCCCCUGCAACGCCUCAGCCUCCAACUCCUCUGCCCACACUUCUCGCUUCCGCCGUCGCAAG